CGCAAAAAAACAUAAAACGAACAAAAACAUCUUCUCCACAUUCUGUAUAACACAUUAGGAAUAAAUCCACAGCAAUGGAGCCUGGAUCAACCAUUAGUGCUAUUAGGAGCAAAAGGGUGCUCUGUGGAAGUGACAUUCGCCCUGCCCUCAUCCUAAUCAGAGAGGGAAAAAUCCACAAGAUCCUUCCUGAUGCUGGCCUUAACGUGGAUGCUGCUUGUGAGGUGCUGGAUGUGGGCAACAAGUUGGUGAUGCCAGGCAUUGUGGACUGUCAUGUCCAUGUGAACGAGCCGGGCCGCACCUCCUGGGAGGGCUACUGGACUGCCACACAAGCAGCAGCCGCUGGAGGGGUCACCACCAUAGUAGACAUGCCUCUGAACAGUAUCCCUCCUACAACCACCCUCAGGAACCUCCAGGAGAAGAUGCAGGCAGCCACAGGACAGUGCUUUGUGGAUACAGCAUUCUGGGGAGGGGUCAUUCCAGGCAACCAGCUGGAGCUCCUGCCAAUGAUCAACGCGGGGGUCACCGGUUUCAAGUGCUUCCUGAUCCACAGCGGGGUGGAUGAGUUCCCACAUGUGACCGUCACUGACUUACACACUGCAAUGAAGCAGCUGCAAGGCACAGGGAGCGUCCUGCUAUUCCAUGCUGAGACGGAGGUCCAACAGCCAUAUGGAGAAGACAAAGAUCCCUGUGAAUACUCCACAUUCCUUAGAUCCAGACCAGAUAUCAUGGAGCUGGAGGCCAUCGACACCGUCACUCAACUCUGUCUGCAGUAUCAGGUGCGAUGCCACAUUGUGCACCUCUCCUCUGCCCAGCCCCUGAAGCUCAUCCAGGCCGCACGGCAGGCUGGUGCCCCCAUCACCGUGGAAACUACCCACCACUACCUGACUCUCUCUGCUGAGCACAUACCACGCGGGGCCACCCAGUUCAAGUGCUGCCCCCCCAUCAGGGGACUUGCCAAUCAGGAGCAGCUGUGGUCAGCGCUGAAAGAAGGACAGAUUGACAUGGUGGUAUCGGACCACUCUCCCUGCACCCCUGACCUGAAAAGGCUAGACAGUGGGGACUUCUCACAGGCGUGGGGAGGGAUCUCGUCCCUGCAGUUUGGCCUGUCUCUGUUCUGGACCUCGGCCAGUAAGAAGGGCUUUUCACUGCCAGACAUGGCGAGGAUCCUAUGUCAGAAACCAGCCCAGCUCUGUUGUCUUGACAACCAGAAGGGCAGCCUCUUUCCAGGACACGAUGCUGACCUCGUUAUCUGGGAUCCAGAGAAAGAGUUUGAGGUUAAAGAAGUAAAUAUACACCACAAAAACAAGCUAACACCUUACCUUGGCUCCCAGCUGCAAGGGGAGGUAUAUGCCACCAUUGUCCGGGGAAAGAUUGUCUACAAGCAGGGCUCCUUCUCCUCUCAGCCCCUGGGGAAGCAUCUCCUGCUCUGCCAGCCAAAAACUCAGGCCUCACUGUGAAAGAGGACAGAAUUGUGUGUCUAGCUCCUAGGGCUUUUUAAUUAUUAUAAUUGUAAUAAUUACUAUAAUUGUGGAAAUAUUCUCACAUAUAUAAUUACUCAU